GGAGCUCUGGGGCCUGUUCUGUGUCAGUCGUCCGUGUGCCUGUGUGUGUGCGCGCGGGAGGGGGAAGAGAGGACUCGAGCCGCUCCAGGACCCCCCCCUUCCCGUAGCGCUUGAGGCGGGGCUCUCUCCUGGACACCUUCUCUUCCCUCCCCCUCCUAUUCCUCCCUCCCCCAACCUCCGCCAUGGAGGAGGCAUCCCGGCUGCUCGCUGGGCUCCAGCCUCCUCCCGGAGCCGCCGGAGAUCCCCCGCCCCACCGACUCCAAGCGCCUCAGGGCCCGCCCCAGCCCCAGGCAGCCCCCGGACUACAGGACACGGGUGACAUCUUGCAGCAGAUCAUGGCCAUCACUGAUCAGAGCCUGGAUGAAGCACAGGCCAGGAAACAUGCCUUGAAUUGCCACAGAAUGAAACCUGCUCUCUUCAGCGUGUUAUGCGAUAUUAAAGAAAAAACAGAACUGACCAUCAACAGCAAAAUGACAAAAGAAAUGAAAGAAUCCACUAUGAAAAUGGUGUUUGUAUCCUGUCCCAUCCUCUUAAAAACCAUGUUAAGUAUACGUGGUAUUCAGGAAGAAGACCCCCCUGAUGCUCAGCUAAUGAGACUAGAUAACAUGUUGCUGGCUGAGGGUGUCUCCGGGCCUGAGAAGCGGGGAAGAGGAGGACCAGCGGCCAUAGCAGCAACAUCAGGUGGCUGUCCAAAUGACAAUAGCAUUGAACACUCUGACUACAGGGCCAAGCUGUCACAGAUCCGACAGAUAUACCACUCUGAGCUAGAGAAAUAUGAACAGGCAUGCAGUGAGUUCACCACUCAUGUUAUGAACCUGCUGCGGGAACAGAGUAGAACAAGGCCAAUUUCGCCUAAAGAAAUUGAGCGCAUGGUGAAUAUAAUUCACGGGAAGUUCAGCACCAUUCAAAUGCAGCUAAAACAGAGCACGUGUGAGGCUGUGAUGAUCUUGCGCUCGCGGUUCCUUGAUGCAAGGCGUAAGCGGCGUAACUUCAGCAAACAGGCGACAGAAGUCUUGAAUGAGUAUUUUUAUUCUCACCUAAGUAAUCCUUACCCCAGUGAAGAAGCCAAAGAAGAGCUAGCAAAGAAAGGUGGCAUCACAGUCUCACAGGUCUCUAAUUGGUUUGGUAACAAGAGAAUCCGGUACAAGAAAAAUAUGGGGAAAUUCCAGGAAGAGGCUAACAUUUAUGCUGCCAAAACAGCAGUGGAUGCAACCAAUGUGGUGGCCCAGGGCAACCAAACAAGCUCUCCACCUACCCCAAAUUCCGGUUCCUCUGGGUCAUUUAAAAUGACAAAUUCUGGAGAUUCCUUUAUAAACCUGCAGUCACUCACUUCCUACCAGAACUCGCCAGUGGGAGCCAAUGUGCAGUCACAGAUGGAUUCCUUACACCAUGUCAUACACCAGGCUGGAAGAUAUGACAGCAUUGUGGGAAACCCUCUAUAUUCAACGCAGCGCAUUGAUGCUAAUGGCAGCUGGCAGGAUGCUACUACCCCUUCAUCAAUUACUUCACCUGCUGGAGAUCCCGGAAGCAUUAAUUCAGAUGCAUCUAAUUAAAUUUUUAGGACCUGUUGAGGAGAGGAAAGAGGUCAUUAGUGUAAUUUGUCAAUGUUGCUCUUUUUUUGCCAAUAUUUUUGAUUCUACAACUUGACACACAGCUAAUUACCUCAAACAAAAUAAAAAAGAAAACCAAUAGAAGAUUGUGAUUAUAUGUGGACACCUCUCUACCUCUCGGCAUGAUGUGCUUGAGUUCUUCUGGCUUCUGCCCUUUGGGUUGUAAAGGAACUGGCUUCAUUUACCAAACCAAAUUCCUUUUUUUAAAAAAAGAAAUAUCACUUUUAUGCUUAAGGAUCUGAAAGUGUUUCUGCAAUGAACUUUGGAAUUUGUCUUCGUUUUUCCAGUUUAAAAAAUAGCAACUGAUUUUAAUUUCUAUGUGUUUUUAUUAUAAAAAUUCUGUUCUAGAUGCUAGUUACUAACAAAUAGCCCCUCUUGUAUUGUAAUUGUAUGCGUUCUCUGUAUUGUAAUUUUGUAUAGGAAGACUUUUUUUCUUUAAACUCAUUAACCAGAACAGGCCAUUGCUUUACCAAAAUGAUUGUUGGACUUUGCUCUUGAAUAGAAAUUUCAUCUUCUGUGUCACUCUCAUGUAGCUCUAAUUUAAUGUCUUAGAGUAAACACAGACUUCCCUGUGAAUAGAUUUUUGUGCAUUUAGAAAAAAUGUUAAAAGCAAAGUCCAUCACUUUCAGUUAAAUUUUAUCAAAGAAUAAACUUCCAAAGUCUUUUUUCCC